AUGAAAAAACCUUAUGUAUCCUAUCUUGCCAACUUCUCGUCCGAAACGGUGGCCGCUCCCGUCCCCGGUAACGGCUCCGAUUCGUUAUCUGUUUGUAACAAACGACGGGAGCAGGGCUGUAAUAACGUUAACGCAGAGCCGCCACUUAUCAAACGUGUUUUUCAUCAUUGCGAUAGUUUUUCCCGUUGUCCAAAAGCCGGAGUUCGGCCGAGUUGUGCGGAAUGCGUUCCUCUCAUUUCAAACUUUGAACGACCAAUCACCGAACACAAAAGUCGGUGCAACCGAUCUCGUUGUUUUUCAAAAGUUCGUGGUUUCGGGUUUGCCACUCUUCGGAUUCGCGUGUAUUAGGUUAUACACGUCGCUCUCGUAUCAAAGCGCCCGCGGUGUAGACGCGCCUUUACGAUGCACGCGCGACGCGUCGCGCUCCCCCGCACCGUAGCUCGCCAGACGGUUUUCCCGCCCUCCUCCCCCCGUCAUCAGUAUUAAUUAUGGACGGACGGACGGACGGACGCACGCUCGGACGGAGUAGUCGCAGCGCCGUCGUCGUCGUCGUCGUGUCUACGCGGGUUUUUGCCGUCGCGCGUUACUGUCGUUCCCCGCGGGUAUCUGCAACGCCGCUCGUCCGUCUCGCGUCGCCCGUUGUUGACCGUUCGCGCGUCCGUUGGAAAAGAAAAACCGUCACGGUGUUUUAAACAAGAAGUGCUGCCGUCGAGACGGUCGGUCGGUGUAUACGUGUCCGUCGAUAUUGUAAUCGGUAGGUGUGCGGUCGCCACAUUUCAAUAACAAUUGUUGUAAACCGUCCGUGUUGGUUUCCGUUCGCCGCGCGAUCAGUCGACAAACAAAACGCCGCGAACAGUACCGGUCGUUUGUUUGGCGUAUUACACCGACAAAAAGGCCGGUUUACCGUUAGGUCUUGGGGGUUCAACCUCCCCUCCCCCCCCCAGAAAAUGUAUGGUUAAUGGUUGGUACGGCACACGCGCGUAUUUAGGAAUUUAUUUAUCUAAUCUAUGCGUUAACCAAAACCCAAAAGCUUUUAUCAUACACCACCGGUGUCUAUACACAUAAUUAGUCACCUACUUCGUGUUCGUAUUUCAGAGCCAGAGAACUAUAAAUACAUUUAUGGGACAGUGUAUCCGGAUAUUUUUUUUUUUUUGAUGGUGGGGGGAGACUGAUCAUUUACUUAUCGCACGGUGCAAUUUGUUUUAUACAGAUCUUUUAAUUAGAUUUCUGUUUUUUUUUUUUUUUUUUUUUUUAUAACCGUUGUGUUAUCGGUAUAAGCUUUAUUAAUUAAAACCAUUUUUAAUAUUUUACCCCUACUCCAUAUACCUUAAAUAUACAUAAUGUAUAUAAUAUUUUUUUUCAAAUAGGAACCCCUCCUUUUCGAACUCAGAUUUAAAUAAGGAUUAUUUUUCUAGAAAUUUCGAUUUGCAUGAAACUAAUAUCAGAUUUACAGUUUAAAGUUUAGACUGGAGGGUUUCUAUACUAUUACAAAAGUAUAUACUUCUUCAAGGUACGUACAUGGAGUAAGGGUUAAAAAUUAAAAACGAUUUUUAUUAUGGUGAUUAUUCGUUUGGAUAGAGAGGUCUCCUUGUAAUUUAACAACAUUUUGGAAUGCUGUGUACUUACCUAUACGAUUCCGAGAUGAUAAUAUUUAGACUUGAUCCGUUGAGCUGCAAAAUAACUUGGCUAAAUAAUAAUAAUCUGAUCUAUACAUAUUUAAGUUCUUUUACCAUGACCCAUUGGUAUACGACUUUUUUACGAUCAUUUUUAUUUGUUUCAAUAUCCAUUUGCCACGGUUUGUGAUAUGAUUAUUUUUAAUGAUCUUUAAAGCCUAUUUAUACGGUGGCACUGUGACAGUUCCACUCGACAGUCGCAGUUGUGAACCUGUCGUCGUGUAGAACAUUCCACAGUAGUAGACAUACCCUGUGGCAAUACUGCCGCACUAUCAAGUCUUGCUAGAUAGUUAUCAUAGACUGUUAUUGUGCUGUUUGUUAUCACUUAGCGUUAACUGUAAUACAGAUAAGUACCAUGAAUUAAUUUGUGACUGAUAUUUUAAAAUUGUUUAAUUUUUAUCGAUUUAAUAUUCAUUCGUUCUUAAAAAAUUGUGAAAAUUUUUAGGACCGAGUUCAUUCAUAAGGGUAUCGGAAAUUCCUAAUUCAUGUCUCCUUUGUAUCAAUUUAUUUUCGUACCGAUUCUCUUUAAUGAUUUGGAUUUUUGUUUUUGUUAGUUGGCCAACAACUAAAUAUUAAAUAUAAUAAUAAUAAUAAUAAUAAUAAUAAUAGUAAUAAUAAUUGAUAAUAGAUUAUAAUAGCUGAUAAUAACCUAUAGCUGCCUCGACAGCAUAUUAGUUUAUAUAUAUAUUUUUUAAUAUUAAAAAUAGAGAAAAAUGUAUAAUACAAAAAUGUUUCAAUUAAUAAGCAUCUAAAAAAAUUAGUAAAUCUUUUUAAUGAGUUUUUUGGUAUCGAAGGGGGGGGGGGGUUGGAGGUCAACUUUUGAAAUUCAAAUGAAAACCUAUACUCAAAAUUCCAUAAAUAUAAAGUGUUAGUUUAAAUUAAUUCUGUUGUUGAAAUUUAUUUAAACUAACAUUCCGUUUAUUUAUGGAAUUUUGAAUACAUACAUAUAAUAUUUAUAUGUAUAUAUGUAUUUUAAAAUUUAAAAGUUCACCUCUAAUCCCUCCAAAAAAACAGUAUAAAAAAAUGUACAAAUUAUUUUAGAUCUUUAUAAAUCGAAAAAUAUUUGUAUUAUAAACAUUUUUCUCUAUUUUGAAUAUUUACAUUAUAAAAUGGCUGUAACAUACAUUUUGAAUAAAUCUGUAUAUAAAUUAGAUGAAAAUUUAUUAAUAUCUAUGAAUUUUAUUUUAUAAAUAAAAUUAUAGCUCCUUAUUCAAAAAUAAUUUCCCUUCUGAUAAGGUCAAAAUACCUAUCUAUUUAUUUACUAUCUGUGGUUUUUAAUUCCAGAAAAAAGAUGUAUUAGCACAUAAUAUUCUUAUCAAAACAACAAAAAAAAAAACGUCUUGGAACAUUAUGUAUAUUAGUGGUUAGCUAGGUCGUAGAUGUGAAAGAGUUCAGGAGCAGUAAAUAAAUUAGUCACCCCAAAGUUAGAGAUCCUACCCUAUAUUAUCUUUUUCAAAAUUUGCCUACUUUCUAUUGAACUACAACUAAAUAUAUCUAGCAAAUAAUUAUACAAAUAUGGAGUAAAGAGUCCAUAAUUGUUAUAAUUAAUUAUUCAAUUUUAAUUAUAAGACCAAUUAGGUACAAUAUUAUUUACCGAUUAGUUAUGGUUAUUUCGGUUUAAGUUGUUAUCUUUCGUUAAUACUGUUAUUCUAUUUCGUUACUUACAAGAUUAUACACAUAUGAUUCGUUUAUCUUACUAUGCACUGUACAAUUAUGUACAAUCGGGUCGACAUUGUACAAUCUUCUUAAGGAAGUAGUUUUAUAAUCAUUGUCCAAGGGCCUCUGAUGCAUCCUAAACUGUGAGACCUCGGAACGCUGCCCCAUUUUAAUCUAGGAUAUAAGGGGCUUACACCACUGAUUUUGUUAUUCGUGUACUUACCUAUGAAUGCCGUUAUAUUAUAAUUGUCGACUGUGUAUUAAUAUUACUUUAUUAUAUAUUCAAACAUAUAUAUUGCCCAAUAUUAUUAUUGUAUGAAGAAAAUUAAAAACGUUUCCAUUGAUAUCAUUUCUGAUGUCGCCCUCGCCAUUUCGUGACAAUUAUUAAAUGUUAUAUAAUUGUUACCCGUCAAUUAUAUUUGUUGCGCAGUUCAUUGACCCUAUGUAAUAGUGUUUCAAACAUUUAUAGAAUUCUAUUAUUCAGUAGCAUAUACACUUGUGACAAUGUCUACUACUUCACUAUACUCGGCUGGCAAAAAACCAAACUAUUUAAUUUAAUUUUUUUUUUUUUAGAUCUGACGAGAUGGUAGAAGUUUUGGCAACCAGUUUUCAAAAUAUGUACAACAAGUAUGCCAGGCUGGAAAACGUGGACAAUUUUCCAAAAGAUGAUAAACGGGAAAUAUACAUAACACCAGUAAACACCCAGCAAGGCACUGUUGAGUAUGACGACCCACAAAUACAAACCCAAUUCCGCAAUCGUUUGAAAUCCCGUAAGACUUUCUAUUUUAACACCAAACAGUUGUGUGAGGUGAAAAGUACGAAAUGGGAUAUUCUGUCUUUAAAGAAACAGCGUCCUCUAGUGGGACAAUGUUGUUCAGUUUGCAUACCUGUAAGAUUUCCACAAUUUUUAAUAUGUAAUUACCCAAACAUGUUCGUUUUGAAUGUUUUAUCUGUUUGUUUUACAGUAUGCUGUAAGGAAAAACAUGAGAUUCGAGUCAACAUUAAAGAAUUUAUUAGACAUAUAUAACAUUGGUCCUUCUAUUAAAACAUCGAUGUUUGGUAGAAAUGUUGAUACUCUAAUGUUUUUUAAUCGGCAGAAAAGCCAUCAGUACAAAUAUAUAUACAAUGAAGUAGGUACACAAAAAUAAUAUUAUCAUAAGUUCAUGACCGUCUAUAAUUAUUGACAUAAUAUUAAUAUAAGAUGUUCUAUCCAUAUAGUUUUAAUUUCACAUACCAAUGAAGAAUAUUUUUGUGUUAUGUGGAUUUAUUAUUAGUGAGGGUUGGGUUUCAAUACAUAAUACAUCUUUUUUUUGAGUGAUCUUUGACUAUGCUUUCCAAGUGUUUAUUUGCUUCAUGUAACAGAAAUUUCAAAGGUGAAACUUUUAUUUCGCAUUUUAAUGUUUUUUUUUNUACAUUAUACGAACAUAGGUUAAAUAUACUUGAUAUAUUUAAUCUAUGAUACAACUUAAUAAUUUAGAUUUAGCUAAUUUAAGACAAUACCAAUGUUUUUCGAGUUUUCCAGUCAAUCAGUAAAAUACAGCCUUCAGUUAAUACUAUCAUCAGUAUAUUUGGUGGUCAGUAAUCGCAAGUUAAAUUUUUCAAUUUUCAAUUUUUUUUUUUUUAAUCAAAUUUAAAUCUUUUGGAUUCUGAGUGGAAUGAAGAAGCAUAUAGUUUUACUAAGAUGUUUUUUUUUUUUUCUGUGGGUAACUCUUUGACAACCAAUUUUGCUCUAACUUAUGAUAGUAAUUUUUCUAAAAGGAAAUUUUACUGGAGAGUUAUUUUAAAAAAGUGACUUUGAUUUUCUCCAGGGUUUUCUCAAAAAAUGUGAAAAACCAGGAAAAAAAAAGAACACAUUUUAA